UUGUGUUUGCCGACAAAAGCUCUUUCAAUCUAUUGAGCUCAACAAUCCAUUCGGUCUCUUUGACCUAGACGACAAGGAUUGAAACGGCAUUUCAAUUACCGUUCAUCUAUUCAUCCUUUCUUUUUUUAAUUCGUCGUCUUUGAUCAACAACAAUGUCUGUCGCAAGCAGAAACCCUUUCGCCGCUUUGGGUGAUGAAGACAGUGCUCCUGUCGCAGUCGCUCCUGCUGCCAAGAAGGAUGCCGCUGCUCCUGCCGCACCAAAACGUACAAUCCCAGGAUUGAACCGCAACGGUGCUUCCCGUGGUGCUGAAGGUGCUCGUGCUCCUCGUGCUGAUGCCGCCGAUGGUGCUGAAGCCCCUCAACAACGUGAUGGCCGUAGCAGCCGUGGUGGUGCUCGUGGUCGCGGCGGUGAACGUGGUGGCCGUGGUCGUGGUGGUGCCGGUAGCCGUGGUGGACGUCGUCAAUUUGACAGACACUCUGCCACUGGUAAAGAUGAUUCUAACAAGAAGAUCGAACAAGGCUGGGGAGGUGAUGACCCAAAACGUGAAUUGGACGCCGAAGAUGGUGCCAAAGCUGAUGCAGCUGAAGAGGAAGCCGGUGAAGGUGAAAAGAAGGAUGCUGCCGCUCCAACCGCCAACGGUUCAGCUGAAAAGGAAUUGCCCGCCGUUGUUGAAGAAGAGGAAAAGGACAACACCAAGACUCUUGAUGAGUAUUUGGCCGAACAAGCUGCUAAACGUGCUCAAAUUGGUGCUUUCAAGGAAGCCAGAGCCGCUGAGGUUGACGACAAAGCCCUUGGUACUAAGGUAACCAAACAAUUGGGUGACGAUUACUACUCAACCCAAAAGGAACGUGUCCAAAGACAGCGUGAACGCAAAGAAAAGCAAGUCUUGGAGAUCGAACAAAACUUCAACCCUCCCCCAUCCGCUGGCCGUGGCCGUGGUGGUGAAGGAAGAGGAGGACGUGGUGGACGUGGCCGUGGUGAAGGUCGCGGCCGUGGACGCGGUGAAGGACGUGGUCGUGGUGCCCCUCGUGGUGCCCGUGGUGGAAACGCUCCAGGUGCCAACAUCAACUUGGCUGACAGCAGCGCAUUCCCAACUUUGGGUUAAAUGCUGAUCUGAUGUCUGGAGCGAUGAAUACGCAAUCAUACUAUUUCCUUCUCGGGCGCUCCCAAGUCACCAGCCUCACCAACAAAAACCACUUCAUCACAAAUCGCUCUGUUUGCAAUUGAACAAUCGUUCAAGCACCAUGCAAACACAUAUC